AUGGCAGCCCGGAAUGAGACUGAGUUUGAAAAGUUAAUUGAUGAAGCUACAAGAAAAAAAGAUUUCCAAUCAUUAGAACAAUUUCUGGCAGCAGAAGACACUGAAAAUGUCUCUCACAAAUGCAGCAAGCAGUUCAUCAACAAGUUAGAUAAGCUUCUGUGUUGGGAGCUUGACAAACAAGAAGUCAAAAGCAUUUCCACUUUACUAAAUGCUAUUCAGAAAUGUGGCAAAAAAAUCAGCAUAGCUGGAGAAGAUGGGCUCCCAGCAAUGAUAAAAUAUGGUCUUAUUGGAAGGAUGGUUAAUUGGUUUGAAAAGUUAAAAGAAAUCUGGGUCCUCAGAGGAAAUGAAAAAAAUGAAAUGCUUACAAAUCUGGCUGAAGAUUUCUUCAACAUAUUGCUGGAUAUAGGUGAUAGCAGACCUGAAGGUAAAAUGCAAAUACUAGAAAACUUUGUUCUGAGAACAUGUACCCUCAUCACUGAUGUAAGAGUUAAUUUUUAUGUUCAGCAGGAGGUAGUAAGAAAACUUAAUUUAAUACUUGACAACAUGCCUCGAGAUGCCAGGAAAAAGAUACUUUCUACAAAGGAAAUGUUGCUUGUCAUGAGUGACAUGGGAAAGAGAAUUUUGGAUGCUGGAGACUAUGACCUGCAAGUAGCCAUUACAGAAGCUUUAUGCAGAAUGGUAACAGAGAAGCAAAGAGGAGAACUGGCAUCCCAAUGGUUUUCCAUGGAGUUUGUGUCCAAUGCAUUUAAAGAAAUUAAAGAUUCUGAGUUUGAAACAGAUUGCAGAAAAUUUCUUAACCAGGUGAAUGGCAUGCUUGGAGAUAAAAGAAGGGUUUUUACAUAUCCAUGUUUAUCAGCAGCUCUUGAUCAAUUUGAGCUAAAGAUACCCUUGGAUGAAAACCUUGAAGAAUUUUGGGUUGAUUUCAACGUCGGUAGCAGAAGUAUAUCUUUUUAUGUGGCAGCAGAUGAUGCAGAUCAACAGUGGGAAACAGUCAUUAUACCAGAAGAAGAAGUAGACCUGUACAGCCUUGAAGAAAAAGAUUCAAAGAAAUUGUUAACAAUAGAUCUAAAAAGCCCCAUGUAUGUGGGUAAUCAAGAAGGAGAGAAAAUUUUUUUAUAUUUUGAUUCUAUUUUGGAAAUCAAAGAUGUAACAAGAAAGAUCUAUGGAUUUAGUAAAUAUAAGGGCUUUAGUAAGAAGCAGUCUGCAUCAGUUGCCAAAACAAGUGUACGUGUGCUUUUUGAUGAAAGCGGAUCACAGGUUCUGAUACCAGAAAGUCAGUUGUCACCAUGUUGGGAAACAAAAUCUGAAGAAGAGCAGCUCACUAAGUACAAAUCCAAACAACUUCCUGGUACUUUGAGGACUCGGAAUAAAAGUGACAGUCAAGAAAAAUGCAGAGAUGAUUCCUCCAAGAUAACUGCAUCUCAUAAAAGGAAAGUGUCUGAAGCAUCAGUGCUUAUUCCUGGAACGACAAGGUUUUCUACAAGGAGUCCACUGGAAUUUGCCAGCAAAUCUACUUCUCAUAAAGGACGAUAUAAGUUACCUUUGGAAAUGAUGACUUCUGCUGAAAGGUCUACCAGUGAUGCAAUAAAUGAGAGCAGAGCAAAGAAUUUCUAUCAAGAGUCUACCGGACAAAUGUAUACUGAAGAAGUUUUAGAAGUUACCACAGAGGCAGCAACUGAGACCACACACAAACAAACUUUAGAUGAAGCGCUGGAUGUCAUCCCCGAUUUUCAGCCAGUAGGGAAAAGCAACAAACCUUUGCUGUCUGGUCAUUUGGAGAGUUCUUUUGAUAAAACCAAAACAUGUAAAAAAAGAGCAUGCUCUGUUCCUGAGAAGAAUAUAUCAACUAGUGACAGGCACAAGCCAAAUCCACCACUGGCACGUAUGUCCCAUCCACUUUCCAGAGUGUCUGCAACAUCUUUGCAUUCCAAUCUCACAAAAGAGGAACCUGAUGUUCUCUUUAGAAAAGACACUGCAAAUCCAAAACCAUCCAAGACGAAAACAAAGUCUAAAGAAAUUACGGAUGCAACAAAAUCACUAAUUAGUAAAAUCAGUGACAGAUAUAAAGUGAAGACUGAUGAGAAAAGCAAAGCAAGAGACUCCUUGGGUUUCAGCAGGUCACAGUUAAAUAAAUCCUUUGUAUCUAAGGAAACAGCUCAGCAUAGAAAGCUGAAAACCACUGCUUUUCCUAACAAAACUGCAGGUCAUAUGGACGAUAUCUACAACUUUUGCAUCAGUGGGUUUGAUGAACCUACAAUAAAGCUUCAAAUCCAAGAAUUGCAUGUUACUGAGCUGAGUGUUCAUACAGAUCUAAACAAAAAAGGGAAUGCAGAUGAUAGCAAAAGUAGCACUGAAGUGAAAGGCAGAAAAAAAACUAGAAACAAUCAAAACAAGAAGCAUCUCUUCAGUGACACUGACACAGAAUACAGAGGUGAUGACAACAAGACUGACAUUAGUUGGCUACAAGAAUCAAAGAGAAAACCCAAAGUCCAGUUAAUUGAUUACAGUAGAAAGAAAAACUUAGGGAAACUAAUAACCACAAACAAAACAGAUAAACUCUCUGAACCUGUUUGCCAUAUGGAUAAGCCUGAAGGCAAAAAUGCAAAUAAGAAAAAGACAAACAAAUGUAAAAAACAGAAUUCAAGAACUAAUGAAAUUAUAGAACCUGCCACCAGACAAAAACGACCCCGAAGAGCAGCAUUAGCAAAAAAUUACAAAGAGCCUUCCAGUUCAGAGUCAGAGGGUGAAAGAAAAUCUUUAGCAUGCACCUUUAUGGAGGAGAAAUCAAAAAUACAGAAACAUAUGAAUGGGGAAAACAAGGAUGAUAAUCGGCAAAAGGAUCUCCGAAAUAUUGUAUCUGUGGAGCUAAAGACAGUAACUGAUUAUGUGCAGAGAGCAUUUAUUAAAUCAAAGAAUUCUCCAGAACAAAAGACAGUUGAAAUGGCAUUAUCUGAGAGUCCUGUGUCUCCUCAGACACUGAAAUGCUCUGAAAGACUGUCUGGAGGAGAUGUUACUCAAGAGCAUAUUUAUAGUGAAAGAUCACCUGGCCUUCAGGAGUCAACACCAGAAAAAAGUGAAAUGUUAAACUUUGAAAAAGAAGUCUCUCCUAAUAAUUUCUUUCCACAAAAGAAGAGUAUUCAAAGUAUAUGUCUAAAUCAGUCCCCUGAGAGAAGUGUUAAAAAUUUAACAUUUGGAAAUAAAAGUUUCUCCCCAGCUUUAAGUGAAGCAUCUUUGCUCAGUUUAAAGCCAUACAAAACUGUCAGUGGAAAACAUGCAAAAGGAUCUGUGCCUGAAACACGUGAUGAUAAUGAAGAUUCAAGUUUUGGACAUUCCUUUUCAGACACACUUUCUGUUAAAGGAAAACUAAAAGAUAUCGCUAAACCUAUCUCCAAAAGUAAAGAGGAGGAUUAUGUACCACCAUCUCCCUCUUCUGUUUCCAGUGCAAGUAAAGUACAGUCUUGGGGUGAAGAACCUUGUGAUUCCACACAUGGCUCAGGACCAACUAUACAGACAUUUCUCAAAAGGAAGUACCACAGUGAUACAGAAAGCAAUUCUGAGGAAGUAGAAACAAGCAAAGAGAAGGAAAAGAAAGGAGAUAGAAGAACAAAGUUACAGCCUAGAAAACUGUUUAAAAAAGAUGAUGCUGUUGCUUACAGAGUGUCUGAAAACAUGUCUACUGUAUCUGUAAAUGAACUGUUUCUUUUGGAUGGGGAAGGCUGGGAACCUGGUUGUUCAACUAUCAGUAUAUGUCAGAAGCUCCAAAAAGAAUUUACUAAGAAAAUUGAGAGCCGCUCACGCAAAAUGGAUUAUUUUACCAAGCAAUCUUUAAGAGCUGUCCACGAGCAUUUGACAGCAAUGAGUUACCAGCUUCAUGAAUGCAGGCUCAGGCAGAUGGACAAGUUUCAUUAUGUUCUCCUUGAGCAACUUGAGAAUUUUGAAAAAGAUUCUCAGUCCCUGAAAAGCAUGGAAAAGGAAUUCUCGACCUUUUGGAAAAAACAUACACAUACUUUUAGUACAUACAUGAAAAAUGAGCAACAGAGAAUUGAGGUUCUUAAAACUUCAUUUGAAAAGAACAUCUGCCAUAGUCUUGACUAUGAAGAAAAUAUUUUUACUUCAGAGAUGCAUCUGAUGAAUGAAGACAUAAAAGCACUCCAAGAGAAACUUCUAAAGGAAAUGCAAGAAGAGGAACUGUGUAACGUUCGCAGAGGAUUGCAGACGUUGCUUCAAUCAGAAGACACAAUUCUGAAGUAA